UCUCCCUAAAACCUAUAUCCUUCGCCGGCCGGCGGACAAUGGUUCAGUCCGGCGGCGAUAAUUAUACUUCAAAGUCAACGAAAUGGGGAGAAAACUCAGAGCCCAUCCUUACUGAUCUCAUUAUCGAGAUAUUCUCGAGAUUGCCGGCGAAAUCGGUGGCUAGAUUCCGUACCCUGUCGAAGCAAUGGGGGUCAAUACUUCGCAGUCCAGAUUUCGCCGAUUUGUUCCUGAGCAGGUCCUCGAGUCGUCCACGUCUCUUAUUCGCGGUGGAACGAGGCGGUGAGUGGCUCUUCUUCUCGUCUCCUCAGCCUAAGAAUCCAUACGACGAGUCAGUAACCGUCGAUUACCACACCAAGUUCUCAGGAGACGAAAGCAGCUACCCUUGUAACUAUUCCUCUGGUUUGAUCUAUUUUCCAGCUAUGUGGCUCUCGAGAGAUUUUGAGGCAUCGCCUGUGAUAUGUAACCCUAUCACCGGAAUGUAUGAGAGAUUACCUAAUCCGGUGAGGUACUACAGAGAACGAGGGUUUUUAGGGUUUGAUUCCAUUGAAAAGAAAUUCAAGGUUUUGCGUGAGGCUCGAGAUGAUGCCCAAUUAUAUCAUCACAAAGUUCUGACUUUCGGAACUGGGGAGUUAAGUUAGAGUGGUGUCAUCUGUUGUCCUGCAUACUAUCGUUCUUUGUAUGAAGGGAUAUGCAUCGAUGGAGCUUUGUAUUACUUGGCUAUGUCAGCUGAAUGGUCUUUUGUGAUCAUUCGCUUUGAUCUUAGAUCUGAGGAAUUCAAGCAUAUUGACGCGGGAUGCUUUAAUGGUCAUAGUAAUAGAUUGGUUUUGAUCAACUAUAAGGGUAAAUUAGGUGGAGUUAACUGGAAGUAUGGUCAAGCUGGUUGUGGAAGGCGUACUGUUGAGUUGUCUAUGUGGGUUCUCGAGAAACAGGGAUGGUUGAAACAUGCCUACACUUUGCCUGAGAACGAAGAACUUGGUUCCUGCGAGUUUUCUGUUGCUGGAAUGACUGCUAGAGGGGAAAUUGUUCUGUGUAUGAAGUAUACAUGUAAUUCGUUUUACGUUUUCUAUUUCAACCCCGAAAGGAACACUCUCCAGAGCGUUGAAAUCCAGGGCUUUGGAGCUAACCUUGAAGCGCCUGAGAAUUGUGGUACAGUUCAUGCCUUUGUAGACCAUUUUGAGGAUCUUAGUGUUAACGAUGCAGUGCAACUCAAGUCAAGCGUCUCUUUAGUCAAGCAUACAUGCCGCUGCUGUGAUACGGUAUUGCAUCCUAAUUAUCAUUUCGAGAAAAGGAAUGAGAAAGAGACGCAGUAGGGAAGAUGAAGACAGAAGAAGACAAUCAUUGGAGUGAUAUAAUGAGAGGAAGGGAUAGGUAAAAGCAAUGUUUAUGUUCGUUCUUUAGUUGUUAAAAGUUUUGUUUGUAGAAGUUGGAAGGUCUGUUUGGCUUUGGUAAUGUAAUGAAUGCAUAACGAAACUUUUGCAGAGAAUCGUAUGUAGUUCAGAUGUUAAUUGAUGGAGACAGUUCUGGAUUUGGAUUGUGUAAUUCAGAUAUGUCUGACAGUAGUCACUUGAGAAAAAGAAGUUUCAUGUCUAAAAAGUGAUGCACU